AUGAAUGUGACAGUUAAUGACUUAAGAACCUUUCAGGAAAGCAAACACCACACCAUCUCUGUAUUUAUUACAGCGGCUUGUUUGAUCGCCAUAUCAGCAGUUGCUUUGGGCGGAAAUUUGCUCGUAUUGGCGGCAAUAGCCAUAAAUAGGAAUCUUCGCUCUUUAUCAGAUCUCUUUGUAGCAAAUUUAGCCCUCGCAGACUUGUGCCAAGCUUGUGUGGCGGUUCCUCUACGGGUUGUCAAUCUGUUUGGAUCAGAACAUGGACCGAUUAUUCCCUGUCAUGCGGUGGUUUUGUUUUCCGUUCUGUUUGGUGGCGCUUCUAACUUCGGCAUUUUACUUGUGAGUGUAGACAAAUUUAUAGCCAUAAAAUGGCCAUUCAAAUAUAACAAUUGGACUACGGUGAAAUUGUUUAUUUGCACUAUUGUCCUAAGCUGGCUUUCCCUGAUCAUAUAUUCAGUUUUACCCGUGAUAGGGUGGGAUAAGGCUGCAACCGCGGACUUUUCUUCAACUUGCCGUUUCAUGGAUACACUGGACAAGCACUAUGUAGCCACAGCUUAUUUAUUUAUUCACGGAAUACCAUUAACAUCUAUCAUUUUCAUAUACUUCUUCAUCCUCAAAGCCACGUUCCGACAUUCGAGGGCAAUUGCGGCACAAGAAUUGAGCUUGAGAACAAAUAACUUUCCAAUCAGUAACGCUGCUUUCAUCACUAACGAGGAGAUGAGCACCAACGGUGAUCGGGAGCAAAAGCAAAGUGGCAGGAAUCAACGCCGGCACCUGCGUGCCUGUGCCCAGCCCAGCAGACGGGGCAAAGGUGUUCGUAUGGUCGCCGUUUUAGUAGGUCUCUUUAUCAUCCUAGUGCUGCCGAUCAUUGUGAUUGACGUGCUAGAGAUCUGGAAAGAACCAUUCGUACCGCUCGCCGUUGUUUAUGUUGCAAUCUGCUUGAUUUAUGCCAAUUCGGCCGUAAAUGUGUUCAUAUAUGCUGGCUGGAGCUCCGAGUACAAAAGAACGUUUCGUGGUCUUUUAAGUUCUUUUUGGGAGUUACUGUUAAGACCGUGCUCUUAA